CCACGUGGUGCGCGGACGCUCUGCGUGCCCGACUUGGCUUUCUCCUCCUCUCUCCUCCCGCAACCCGCGCACGAUUCGGUUCCCCCUCUCCUCGCGGCCGCCUCUUCCCCCCUCGAAUCCCGAUAAGCAGAGGCGGAAUUCUCCACCGCGGCAGCAACAUGCAACCCCCAGUUCGAUUCGGCUGCGAGGUGAGGUCGUCCGAUUCCCAAUUCGGUCGGAAUCACGCCCAAUUUUUUGUCUCUACUAGGGUUUGGUUUCGGUCUGAGGAUUUCUAGUUUGGUGGAGAAUCGAGGUCCGAUCCCCCAACCGGGUCGGAAUCACGCCCAAUUUUUGUCUCUAUAGGGUUUGGUUUCGGUCCGAGGAUUUCUAGUUUGGUGGAGAAUUACCUCUGGGAUUUUGCGGAUUCGACGUCGGUUGCUAGGGUUUGUGAGGGGAGCGAUUCAUGGCUGCGGGGAGCCACGGGGGGUACAGGGGCUACGAGGUGGCGAGGGAGCGGGAGCACGACGUGGGGGUCUCUAGGAGGAGCAAGGAGCACUACCACCACCGCCACCCGAGCCGCCACCGCGACUCGGAACGCCGCCGUGACGGCGGGCGCAGCGGUGGCCGGGAGCUGUCGAAUGGGUACAGCCACCGCCGGGAUUCGCCGCGUCCACCACCGAGGAGGCGUCCAUCGGAAGGGAGGACGGAGGACAGGGAGCCCGGCGAGGUCUCAGGUGGGAGUGGCUCAGAGAGGUCCGGUGAGCGCCCAAUGAAGACCGGGGAGCCGAGGGAGAAUGGUGUCACGCGAGUCAGCAAGGAGGAGGCGAAGAUGUCCCCGAGUAAGAAGAGGAAGCAAUCUCCAGUAAUUUGGGACAGGAAUGGUUCAAAGCGGCAGGCUCGAGACCCUGUGAGGGGCAUUAGAGAGGUAGAUGCUGUAGUUGCUGAGAUUAUUAUGCAUCAGUCGCAUUCCUUGCCUGUCAUGAGCUCACUGUCUAGCAUAGGCGAUGGACACUCGCCAAUGAUUUUGGAUGUGUCAGUUGAUAAGGUACAGGAGUAUGAGAAGAACAGGAUUGUGGAUGAGGAGGAAGAGGGAUACCCAACAAUGAGAAACAUUCUGACCUCAAGAUGGGCAGAUGCUGGCGACGAGGAGGAAAAUGUGUUUGUGCCCAAGAAAAAGAAGAGCGUGUCACCUGUCGACUCGAUUGAACGAGGGUCCACAAAAAAGGUUACAAGCCCUGAGUCUGGAGAGGUGCUGGUGUAUAACUCAGUGAGAAGCUCCUCAAGGUCAUCUGACUCGGGGGUAUUACAGGGUAGUGCAAACCGGGACCUUGAAGUGGAGAAGGGUGACAACAUAGAUGUUGAGGAGGCGGCUGAUGAUGAUUAUCCUGCUGGUCAUUUGCUGGAUUCUGAUUUUGAAGGUGAGGACUGUAGGUCUGAAACCCCUGAGUGUACACGGUCCCCACGUAGGUGCAUUAACAUGCUUCAAGGUUGUAGGAGCGUUGAUGAGUUUGAAAGACUCAACACAAUCAAUGAGGGUACAUAUGGAGUUGUAUUUAGGGUGAGGGAUAAGAGAACUGGUGAGAUUGUUGCGCUGAAGAAGGUCAAGAUGGAGAAGGAAAGGGAAGGUUUCCCACUGACUUCUCUUAGGGAAAUGAAUAUCUUGUUAUCCUUCCACCACCCUUCGAUUGUGGAAGUCAAGGAAGUAGUUGUUGGUAGUAAUGACAGAGAUAUUUUCAUGGUGAUGGAGUACAUGGAACAUGAUCUUAAGGGUGUUAUGGAGACAAUGAAACAACCGUAUAGUCAAAGUGAGGUCAAAUGCUUGAUGCUUCAGCUAUUAGAAGGUGUGAAGUAUCUUCAUGACAAUUGGGUACUUCAUAGGGAUCUCAAGACAUCUAAUCUUCUCUUGAACAACCGCGGUGAGUUGAAAAUAUGUGAUUUUGGACUCUCUCGUCAAUAUGGCAGCCCGUUAAAGCCUUACACCCAGUUGGUUGUGACUUUGUGGUACAGGGCUCCAGAAUUACUUUUAGGUGCAAAGGAUUAUUCUACUGCUAUUGAUAUGUGGUCAUUGGGUUGCAUUAUGGGAGAACUCUUAUCAAAAGGGCCACUGUUCAAUGGGAAAAGCGAGAUAGAUCAACUUGAUAAGAUAUUUAGAACACUUGGCACGCCUGAUGAGAAUAUAUGGCCUGGUUAUUCUAAGUUGCCUGGUGCCACCGUCAAAUUUGGCAAACAAACGCACAAUAGAUUAAGGGACAAGUUCCGAGCUGUAUCAUUCACUGGUGGGCCGAUGUUGUCAGAAGCUGGAUUUGAUCUGCUAAAUAGAUUACUGACAUAUGACCCUGAGAAGCGUAUAUCAGCAGAAGAUGCCUUGAAUCAUGAAUGGUUUCGCGAACUACCUCUGCCUAGAUCAAAGGAUUUCAUGCCAACAUUUCCUGCUCUAAAUGAGCAAGACAGGCGCUUCAAGAAACAUAUGAAGAGCCCUGAUCCUCUGGAAGAACAACGGAUGAAAGAACAAGGGAACAAUGGAGAUCGUGGCCUUUUUGGCUAAUCUUGAACCAUCACUAUAGGUCUGCUGUGGAUGCUAAUUUUCAGCGUGGAAUCAAUGGAAGUACAUGUCUUCCAAGGUGAGAUAUCCACUGGAAUGAAGUAUCUGUCUUCUUGGUGCCUGCGACAACUGAUGGCGUUCUUUAGCAGGCAUAUGAAGGGGGAUAACAUGUCUCCUUAUGGUCCAUGCUAGCUAUUAUAUCAUUGCAGGGUUACUGGGUUAGCUCUUUCUCAGACUUCUGGUCACAAUCUAAUUCACCUGCAUUAUAAGGUGUGCAGAUCUAACCCACCUGCAUGAUCUGGCCUAUUAACUUCUAUCUGGUGCACCAGUUUUGCUUCUGAAAUUUCUGACUGUAAAGUACCUUAGUUUGGUACUUUGUAAACAAUGAUCAACAGGACCUUUUUUUUUCUGUGCAAUGAGCACAUUUUCUUUUGAUCUUCGCAUUUUGUUUGCAAGAGAUGGAUGGAGCAAAAGAGGGAGGGUGCAUUAUGCUUUUUGACGAGGAAACUGGUACAUAGUAAUGCAAAAUGUAAGGUAAUAUGCUGAGGCUUAUUGUGUCCACUGAUGUGGUGUAUAAAAAUGAAAUGUAUCUUUAAUCUUUUUUACUGUACUUUGCAAGAUCACUUCAGUUGCUCCCUGAAGCUGCUUGAAAACUAGCUAAUUUAUGUAACUGGUCAUUAUAAAAAUGAUCCUCCACUUUCUGGAAGGAAACAAUACCUGUCAGAUUUUUCAAUAUCACUUGCGUGCUACAAUGAUGUAUUACUGACUCUAUCUACUUCUAAUCUUGUGUAAUAGAAGAACCAAUCAAUUUAAUAUCAUUUGCUUGCUACAAUGAUUUAUCAGACAAUAACUGACUCUUGUCUACUUCUAAUCUUGUACAGUAUAAUAGAAGAAAUCAAUAAUCUAAGGACGUACGAUUGUAUUAAUUUAUCUUUGGACCAUUUGUCUUGCAUCAUUUUUUUGUAACAAGUGACAGCCAGGAAGAGUUCUUUGUUUUUAUUUAUUUAUUUAUAUUUUCUUCUAAUGAUCUACCUUUUUAAUGAUAGGCCGCUAGACUUUUAUCAACCAAAUCAUUAUUCAUGAUAAUGGUGAAAGAUGUGAAAUGUUUUUAACUCUGAGGUGCUGGCUUUUCCCUCAUGAAAAGGCAAUACUCACUGAUCUUUGAUUCAUUUUGCUAUCCUGUUGCCGUAUGUUCAGUUCAAAUCAUUUGCUUGUGCUUUACAGAUGAUUAUAGUGAAAUCAGUGAUUCUUAUGAUGUCCAUUCUUGCACUUAUCAUAAUAAAUCUACAUGUCAUAUUGACUUAUCACUAAAGUUCUUGCCAGACCAGUUAAUGAUGUUCCUUUAUGCUAGUUUGAACUUGCUGGAGAGUUGAUUGGGUUCACUGUAAACAACUAAGUGUUCUGUGACACAUCUGCAGCUUAAGCUGUGGCUAUACCGAGACAGGAAGCUUGAUGGACGUAUCUAAUUGACUUAUUUGUGGAAGGCUUCGAGUCUUCAUCUGUGAUCUGUUACUGUUGUGAAUUCUAGUGGUCAGUCUGCUAUCUUAUUUCUCAAUAUAUUGGUGAUCAGUAUGCUUCUUGCUAGUAGCUUCUUUUGUAGCUGUACACCUGUUUUUUUUUUUCAAUGACAGAUAUAUUCUUGACAUGUUAUAUUUUCAGUCCUGCCCAUCCACAUAUGUGGGACAUGAUUUUAGUACGAGUUACCAGCCUAGAUGUGUGGAUGAAUCAGGAUUUUGGGCAAUCCAUAAUUUCUUGUAUCUCCUUGUGUCCAUGCCUGCAAGUACAGCUGUGUGUUAUCCUGCAGAACCUUUCGUUCUUUUGUUAUUCUUUUUCAAGUAGAAUCAUGUUGAAGAAUUGCUUGCAUUUGAUAAAAUAAUAUUGAGUCUGGAUUCUGCAACUGGAAACUCAUUGUAGACUGGUAGAAACAAGGAAAACUGUGCUUUUGUAAUUCAUUUCCACAAAUCAUUUACUCUUACUCCUACCUUUUUCCUUUAUGUUUUAGUAAGAUGCAGACUGACCAAGAACAACGUUGAGGCGCAGGACUUGUCAUGGUUGUCCAGUAUUUUCGAAGGUUGAUUCUAUCAAUUCCGCCUGCCUUUUAUAUAUAUUUACAAUUACCCACAUUCCUUGCCAGUUGACACCAUGAUCCUACUUUUUAUCUUCUGCUUUACAAUCUUUCAGUGCUGCUUUGCUAAUUUUCUACUGUGCUACUAUCAAAUUGCAUGCUUUACUGGCACUAUUUUCACUAAUUAUUUCUCUUGCGCACCUGUGAAAAGUUUGAUGCCCCUGUGGCUAAUAACUUUUUUAGUGUCAUGGGUUACUUGUUUUAAACUUAUAAGUAAAUAUUCUAUUGAGUGAAAGGCUUGAAAAUUUUGUCACCAAGAUGCGAACGACCAUUAAAUACUCAGCACAGUUAAGGCUUGGAAAAUAAGGUUACAUGUUUAGCAUGACAGUGCGUGAAGUAGAGAAAAAAGCGCUGUCAGCAAUUAUGCUUUCCUGAAGCAAAUCGAUGUUUCUGGUAUUCGAACUUUUAGGGCAUACAAAACAGUCUUUAUAGCAGGCUCUUGGGGGUACCACCUAAGCUCAGUUAAUAUCAACUCUCUGUAGACUCUUAGCGCCAGAUAAUAGGGAAUUUCCUCGCAUGAGGCUAGAUAAAGGAAAGAAGAAUAAUGAUAAAAAUAUUUUGGUGGAUUCAUGGUUAGAGCCUCUGUUGUCUCAAUUGUUAUAAGAGGAUAGUCUCUAAGAUGAUGUGUAUUACCAAGGAACCCAUACUAGGCUCAACUGUUGUACUUGCCAUACUACCUCCGUUGUAAAUAAGUGCAUUUCUGGUUUCCUAAGUCAAACUAUCCUAAUUUUAACCAAAUUCAUAGAAAAAACAAUACUCCAAUAAUUACUAUUCAAAUGAGCAUCAUUAGUUCCAUUGUGAAAUAUAUUCAUAGUUUUACUUAUUUGACAUGGUAGACAUUAUUACUCUUAUCUAUAAACUUAUGCAUUUGAUUUAGUAGAAAACUACAAACGCACUUAUUUUAGGAUGGAGGUAGUAGUAGUUUGUCUAAAUGAGAAACGUAUCCAUGACAGUCACACUCACACACUUUACUCCAUUUCCUUAAUACAAAGAACAAUCUUACCAACCAUGCUUGGUUCUACCAGUAUCAACACUCUAUUCUUCUUGUCGUGUCAUGGAUCUGCACUGCAUCUUUUCUAAUGUCUUUGCAUUUACUUGUUUUAACUGUCCCUUUGUUUGUGUCCCCUGCAAACCUCGUGCAAAGCGACAAUGGGCCAUACUCCGAGUUGCAGAGGCAACAAGUUCUCUACGUCUCCUAUCGUAUGUCUGACCAUUUUGUAGGAGCGGAGUUCAGGGACCUUUGUCAAGGCAGGCGGCCGGAUUUCUUGUUUCCGGUGCUGCAAUAUGCUCAGGCGCGUUCCUUUUUUCUUUUUUUUUUGGAGAACUUAGCCACUAGGUAAAGGUUGUAAAAUGCCGUAGCAUCUGUUCUCUGUAAAUACGACUGGGUGAAUACAGUGAAUUGGUAUGUUUCACUUUCGUCGAUUUGUUGGUUUGAACCGUGUCUGAAGUUCACAAAUCUGUACACUAUCAUGCUGCAUCAGUCGAAUCUCUGGGAAACGGAAUGGUCA